GAAUAAUAGGGAUUAACGAUAGCUUCAUUUCUCUCUUUAAAAACCACACAGACCUAGGCGCUUGUCUUUAGUUUCAGUUUCGGAUCUCUCUCUUCUCUUUGCCUUUCAGCAAUUUCAGUUGCAGUUGCAGUUCCAGGAUUGUAAAUAUGGCAGAUUCAAAACCAGAAUUGAGGAAGCCAGUGUUCACCAAAGUUGAUCAACUUCGCCCGGGGACCAGUGGGCACACUUUAACUGUGAAGGUGGUCAAUGCAAAGAUGGUGAUGCAGAAAGGUCGUCCUGAUGGUCCUCAACCCCGUCAAAUGCGAAUUUCUGAAUGUUUGGUUGGUGAUGAGACUGCAAUGAUUGUAUUCACUGCGAGAAAUGAUCAAGUGGAUAUGAUGAAAGAUGGCACUACUGUAAUUCUGCGUAAUGCCAAAAUUGACAUGUUCAAAGGAUCAAUGAGGCUUGCUGUGGACAAGUGGGGCCGUAUUGAAGUCACAGAACCUGCUAGUUUCACUGUUAAGGAAGAUAAUAACCUGUCCUUGAUUGAGUACGAAUUGGUGAAUGUUGUUGUGGAAUGACUUGUUGGGACAUUCUGGAAUUCGUGCUGUGUUCUAAUGAGAAUAAAAACAUAUCCAGCAAAGUAAUCUACUUUAGUCUAUGGGAACAUCUGAUCAUGCUCAUCGCAAUUCACAUUACUUUAGGAAAUAGUGAUUUGAGAAGCCAGUAGUGCCGACGCUUCUUACUGUUGCAGCAGAUUCGGUGGAUCUUGGAGCUUCAACCACUGAACAAGUGGAAGAAGAAAAAGGGAAUUGGCUUCCAGAUCAUGUUUUUUUUUAAAAAAAAAAAAACAAAAACAAAAACUGAUCAUGCUUUUUGUUAUGCUAUCUAGUUAUAUUUGGAUUAUGUGUACUUUCAUCUACCAUGGAUUAUAUGUAUCAGAAUAUUAUAUAUGGAAGGUGAGUGUUUAUACUUUAUGUAAUCCUUUGU